AUGGAAGCUUAUGAGAAUUCAAGGCUCUACAAGGAGAGAAUGAAAGCGGUGUAUGAUAGGAACAUCAAAAGGAGAGAGUUUAGAGCUGGGGACCUAGUCCUCCUCUAUAACUCAAGAUUGAGGUUGAUUUCAGGCAAGUUAAGAUCAAGGUGGGAAGGACCUUAUAGGGUGAAAAAAGCUGAGCCAUAUGGGGUAUUCCACUUGAGUCACCCUUCAAGCCCCACAAUUUUCAAGGUUAAUGGUCAUCGUCUGAAACUUUAUCAUGGAGAGAAGAUGAAAAGCAACAAAGAGGUUGAGGUGUUCCUUCUUGAGGAUGCACCCGAGGGCGAAGAGAUCUGA